AUGCGCGGCGAACAACCACGAAACUAUGUACUCAAAGUCUGCGGCCGCGAAGAAUAUCUUCUCGGAGACUAUCCUCUAAUACAGUUUCUCUAUAUACAAGAGAUGCUGGCGAAAGACGGCGUUCCCCAAGUCAUGACCGUCAGCAUGGAUAAGAUAACUUACUGUGAUAUGCAAUAUUAUAACUUACCCGAGCGGAGAAGACUGACAUCAGAACAGUCUAACACUAUACGUAAGAAGAAGAACCACGAGUCGUCAUGGAAAAUUGAAAGGAAUUACUCCUGUUUGGUGCAGACUGUUGGCGGGCUGAACGUGGAUCCAGGAAGACUUGUUGAGGUUGUAUGUCAAGCCGGUAUCUACCACGGCGGAAAGUCACUAUGUGAACCUCAAAAGACAAAAGUGGCGGUAGUUUCAAAAGAGGGGGAGGCGCAAUGGGAUGAAGAGUUACAGUUCCCAAUAAAAGUGUGCAGUGUACCGCGAAUGGCUAGACUAUGUUUUGUGAUCUAUGAAAUUUCAAAGGCCAAGAAUAAACGAAGAGGCAAGGAUACGAAGGACGCCAUCAACAGGCUAGCGUGGGUGAACACAAUGGUUUUUGACUACAAGGAGCAGCUACGUACUGACGCGGUAACUCUAUUCAUGUGGACGCACGUUGCUGACGAAACCCAGGGCGAUGACGUCUUACUGCACCCGCUGGGAACUGUGUUGUCGAACCCAAAUACGGACUCUUGCGCAGCUUUGCAAGUCAGGUUUUCAAAUUACGAAUCCCAGCACCCCAUACUAUUUCCAAAACAAGAAGCGAUUAAAUCGUACGGAGAUCAGCUCGAAAACGGCACAGAUAUGGCGCGGCUGACGGAGGAUUUUGAGAAACUAAGAGCCACCGCCGAAAAGGAUCCCAUGUAUGAAAUGCAUGAACAGGAAAAGAAAGACAUUUGGGCAGCCAGGGAAUACUUUCGAUCGACAGCGCCUGAAUUGCUGCCGAAGUUGUUGUCAUGUGUCGAAUGGACAGAGAGGGCUGAAGUGGCCCGCGUCGCUAGGAUGCUCUGCAGCUGGCCCAUGUUGAGGGUAGAGUCAGCUUUAGAAUUACUGGACUAUGCGUACGCGGACGCCGCAGUUAGAAGUUUUGCGGUUCAGUGUCUAGCUAAGAUUAGUGAUGAAGACUUAUUAUUAUAUUUACUACAAUUAGUUCAAGCGCUGAAACACGAAUCGUACCUGAUGUGUGAUCUCGCGCGCUUCUUACUUGAACGCGCCUUCAAGAACCGGACGAUCGGUCACUACCUCUUCUGGCAUUUAAGAUCGGAGAUGCACGUGCCAUCUGUGUGCGUGAGAUUCGGUUUAGUGUUGGAGGCGUAUUGCCGAGGCUGCCAGGACCACAUUAACACGCUGAUGCGACAAAUUACGUGCCUCGAUAAGUUAAAAUGGGCAAGUCAAGCGAUUCGUAAGAAGAAAGAAAUAUCAAAAGCACGCGCGGCCCUUCACAUACAUUUGCAAGAGGACCAUUGUAUGGAACAGCUGUGUGACUUCGUAUCGCCACUUACUCCUAGUCUUGUUUGCAAACGAAUUAAGCCGGAGCGAUGCACAGUAAAGGACAGCAAGAUGCGACCUCUAUUGUUGGAGUUUGAGAAUGUUGAUCCAACGGGAACGGACAUCAGGAUAAUUCUGAAGAUCGGCGACGAUUUACGACAGGAUAUGUUUACGCUUCAGAUGCUUAGGAUAAUGGAUAGGAUAUGGAAGAACGCGGGAUACGACUUCAGAUUAAACCCGUACAACUGCAUAUCGAUGGAGUACGCCGUCGGCAUGAUAGAAGUUGUGGAGGAGGCAGAGACUGUUGCCAACAUUCAGAAACAAAGCGCGCUUUUCACCGCGGCGUCUACUAUAUCCAAAGCCAAUCUGUUCCAGUGGCUUCGAAAGCAAAAUCAAAGUGAAAGUGCCCUAAACAAAGCAGUAGAAGAAUUCACAAUGAGCUGUGCGGGCUACUGCGUCGCCACAUACGUCUUAGGAAUCGCGGACAGACAUCCAGAUAAUAUUAUGGUGAAGAAGACUGGACAGUUAUUCCACAUAGAUUUCGGCCACUUUUUGGGACACUUCAAGCAGAAGUAUGGCUUCAAGCGCGAGCGAGUACCGUUUGUGCUAACUCACGACUUCAUCCACGUCAUCAACAAGGGCCAGCGCGGGGGGGUGGGCGAACAAUUAGACUUCAAGAUAUUCAAGGAACUGUGUGAAACCGCUUUCAAAAUACUGCGAAAGCACGGCCACCUCAUACUAUCGCUGUUCUCCAUGAUGAUCUCUACGGGUCUACCGGAGCUUAGCUCGGAAAAAGACUUGCAAUAUUUAAGAGAAACCCUGGUCAUGGACUUGUCCGAAGAGAAAGCGAUCGAGCACUUUCGGAUGAAAUUUGUCGAAGCGCAGAAAAACUCGUGGACCACGUCGUUCAACUGGGCCGUCCACAACUUCGACAAGAACAACUGA